AUGGAAGAUGCGGAAAUGGAGAGGGAAGCGCUGUUUACGCAGAAAAUGCAAAUUAAAAUUAUGAUUGGAAUUGCUAUCGCUACUUAUUUGUACUUUGUUAUUUUUACAAUUUCGUUGGCGAUUUACUUCAAGAAAGUCAGAGAGAAGGUAAGCAACUUUUGAAUGUGUCUGUAAUGCAUGUGAUUUUUGAGAUGCGGAGCUUGGUUUUUGAUAAAACAUGGAGCGAAUAAAAAUCAAAAUUUUUUGGCGGUUUACGGAAACAACCGAGUAUUUUUGACCAAGAAAUCCUUGAAAUUCAUCAAGUUUUAUAUUUUUUCAGUUUUUUGGCCGAUAAGUUUGUACAAGGAAAACUGUGUACAAAAAAUUGAAUAAAGUGAGCCUUCGUAGAUACAAAGAAGACUAUAACUAACAAGUUUGUUGGUAUUAUCGAGUCGUUGUACACAACUCUAACUGUAAUUCUUUGUAGUUUUGUUGAGAAUAAAAACAUGCUCUGCAAAAGUUGCCGCAAGAUUGCAUUAUUUUCAUUUGCUACCUUGUUUUCAUACUAUAAAUCUGUUUGCUAAUGAAGGCUAGAAAUUAAAUUGCCACUUGCAAAAUGAAGGAUGAAAAUUGCAAAAAUUAGACAGUACUCUAGUUUGAAAAAGCAGGCGGAGGUUUACGAAAAUCUGAACGUCGCAAAUUGGCCAAGUCUGUUGUUAGUUUUCUGGGAUUUAUUGGUAACAUAAGGCGUUUUCUGGCGUAAAAUUUUUUAUGAUUUUGGCACAACACUGUACUAAAAUUGUCAUAGAUGUUUUAUCACUCUGUCGGGAAAAUAAUGUGGAUUUUCACAAAAUGUCUUGUCUUGUUGCAGGCGAGACUGCAACGAAAUCUCCAGCCGCGGCUAGCUGUCGCAAAGCGAUUUUGUUCGAUUUCAAUGCGCGACGAAUCCAUAUUAUUUUCCCGACAGACUGACCAAAAAGUUCUAAUCUCAAUUUGUACCAUGCUAGGUUAAAAUCUGAGCUACGCACCCUCCGCUAUUCUCCAACGAAUAAUCAUCAUUUCCACAUUUUAGGCAGCGUUUAACUCAAACUUCCAAUUACUCCUCUACCACCUCACAAUUCCCGCUUGGAUAGCUAUGCUAAUCGAAGUGUUUCAAACCACAUUGUACUUUAUCAACGGGUUUUAUUAUGAAAAAUACCUGGAUGGAAUUAGCUGGUCAUGUCUUGACAUUUGUAAGUAAAAAACUGGCGUAUUUUAGAUCAUAUGUUUCAGGUCUUCUCUCGUUCUGCAAUCAUCUUCUUGCUCAAAUUGUCGAACGAGUAAUUGCCACCGUGCUGUUGGCAAAGUACGAAAAAAUUGGCCAAAAAUUUCCAACUAUUGCGCUUUGCAUUAUUAUUGGGCAGGUGGGUGUUUAAAGUUGUUAAUUUUUGAUUACUGAAACGUAGUUUAUUUGGAUUGCUUUAUUUUUGGCAAAGAGUUAGGAGGUUGUUUGCGGAAAUACCAUGAUUGCUAAUUCUGUAGCGUAAUUUUUGGUGUCAAGUGGAAAUGAGUAAAAAAUAGCAAAUAAAUGCCUGGCGAGCAUGCAAAAACUUCCAAGAAACGCGAAAAAAUCUCUGUUUUAAUUAUUGAUUAAAAAAAGGUCGAAGCUCUGCGCAGAGACUACCCUACAACGAAGCUUGAACAUUGCGAAGAUAGGUAAACAGAAUUUGUUUUGCGCCAGAAUAGAGAGAAUAGAGUAUAACAGUACCCUUCCAUAACAACUUUCUUGCCACUUGCCAUUGGUUGAACAGAGGCUUGACUAAAAUUGAGUUCUUAUUUACAAGUGACUUAGUGACUUGCAUCGGGUGCUAUGGCUUUUCGGGUCAAUGAAGCUUUGUAUCGACUAUGUUUGUCUCGAUUUGUCGUUAUAUGCAUGCGGACGCUAUAAGCAGCGUGGUAAAAAGUCAUAAGUUUGGUCUAGGCUUAGGAUAGUUUAUCACAUAUUUUGAGAUAUUUUACAUGUAUUACACUUAUAUAAUCCGGAGAAAACUUACGUAAAGUGUAACAAUUUUUGCUUUUUUCUAUGCUAAAAUAUUAGCUCAGAGUCAAGAAAACGAAGGUUUUCAAUGAUUAAGAUUAGAAAAAAACCAUGUUCAAUGUCUUUGCCAAGUCAUUAUUAAUUUUUUUCAGUACGUCUACGCGGUGAUGACUUUAGUUCUUCUCAUCAUGAUGGAGUUUUACAAGUUUGCUCGAGUCAUCUCCAGUGUCUUGGAAAUUAUACUCAGCCUUCUCGUAAGUAGCUAAUGCCUCGAAAAACCAAAAUAUUAUACAUAAAAUUCAUUAUACAACAUUCAUUUUCAGCUCUACUUCAAGCUUCCCAGCAUCUCCCGCCGCAUUUGUGAGAGCUACAAGGCCCAAAACCAAUAUGCCAUGAAGACACAGAGAGCGUGGAGUGUUCCUCUAACUCUACGGUAUCAAAGUUGCGAGAAUUUGAAAGUGGCGGCACUGACAGCGAGGAUAGUCCUGAUACAAGUCGUUGCGAACAUCGUUACUUUUAUGUUGCAUGGUUACGGACGAACGCUGAUUGUGGAUUCAUUUGAAUGGUUGCUGGUCAUGAAAGCUCUGCAUUGGGUGGUCUAUAUCUCGGUAAGAGGGAAUUUCGGUUAAAAGAAUCUGUCUGUUCGGAAAAUAAUGAACGCCCAGUAUCAAUUCUUCAAAAAUCUUUGGUCUCGCUUUCCAGACACAACCAAGAUAUUCAACGAUAUUUUUGGUCCCGGAGAGUACGCAAAAAGCGAAUAGCGGUCAUUAAAAAAAACAAUUUUUAGCCUUUUUUUAAGUUUUGUGCCUCAAAGACUGUGUUUUUGUGGAAACAUUAUCUUCUACGGUAAAAAUAGGCAUAGAAUUCUUUUAUGCCAAAAAACGCAAAAAAGUGGAACAUUUUUCACAACUUUCAGCCUAAUAAUCUCGAUCGUUUCUGCAAAGUGCCAGUUAGAAGCUUGGUGUCUUUGAAAAAUUUAUACCAAAUUUGAGCCAAGUUUUAUCAAAAUCUGAGCGUCGCAUUGGGGCACUUCCCCUGUCGGUAUUUUACCGGCAACCCAAAAAUCUUGACGUUCCGUUAGACAUGGCUCCUGGGAUGGGCCGGGCCGGCCGACGAGCCAUGUCUAUGUUCCAUACAAAUUUUAUGUAUGUAAAUACAAUUUCUUUUUGAUAUCAUUUGUUUCCACCAAAAUAUUUCUAAUAAAGAGCUUUGUAGGCGCUUGCAGAACAGAUCGUGAUAACAGUUCAAAUUGGACGAGAUCGUUGCCAAAACAUCAGGCCUGUGAGGACGAUGUCGACCGACGAGGAGCGACAUUUGUAUUUCAAGCAGUACAGUGCCUUGUGGAAUACUUAA